ACCCCCGCAGCAGUUGUAAAAACUAAGCCUCGAGUGAGUGUAACAAAAAACGUCACUGCUUUUCAUCCACUUUUAUCAGCAAGGCAAUAACUCAAGAAAGUUGAUUACUGUCCAAAGCGAGAAGACAAAGAGAGAAAGAGAGUAAAAAUCAUGUAUCUGCUGCCGUUGCUGUUGUCGACUUCCUUGAUCGAUUUCGAUCGUUCCCAUCGUAUGAUGGAUCCGAAUCUCGUCCUUACAGGCUUAAACCCUGACAAGUCCAUCCUCUCACGUCCUUCCGAUCGCUACUUCCCGAGCUGGCGAGAUCAAGCGAUUUUGGAUUUUUAUUACCGGCCCUGGAUGGAUGUAAUGCGUCGCAAGGACGACGCCACCAUGAUGGGUAUUGCCUCCGACAAUGACAACUUCAAGGUCAUCAUCGAUGCGCGGCAGUUCAAGCCAGAGGAGAUUACCGUCAAAGUAGUGGGACGCUGUAUCGUCGUUGAGGCCAAGCACGAGGAGAAACGAGACGAACACGGCAGCAUCUCCCGGCAGUUUUUGAGGAAAUACCUGCUACCGGAUCGAGCGGACCUCGACCAAGUGUCAACGACCAUAUCCUCCGAUGGUAUACUGAUCAUCACGGCGCCGUUGAAGAAGGAACUCGAGGAACCGAAAGAAAAGGUGAUCGAGAUUCAGCAGACCGGCAAGCCGGCUCUUCAAAGCGAUGGCGGCGGUGCUGAAAAUGAAAGUCGUAUCACCACCACUGAGGCUAAUGCAACGUACAGCACCGAGAAGACCGUCGAAGACAACGAGAUAGGGGAAGAGUUGACGACGCAGGGCCAGCAAGAGGGAACGAAGCCCGAGAAGUAGCGGACUCAAUCACGAGUUAUUAUGCGACGUACGCACAUGCGUGUCAGUCACAUUUUAUUGUUGCUCAUUCAAAAGUACACAGGCCAGUACAAUAGUUUUCUUAACGUUUAUAUUGUUGGGUUUGUAACGAUUUUCAAUAAUGCAUUUUUGACACGCAUCAAUAAUUGUUGAUUGAGAUUGUCGAUUGAGAACUGUAGCCACUGCGUAUUGAGACCGUUAUGUCGAACUCUGUGCAACAUUACGCCUCUCGCUGACUGAUAACUAUGUUCCUGAUAACGGCAUGUCUCCUUGUGUAUUCUUUGGAUUAUGCAGAUUUUACUCUCAAAACAUCGACCAAUGUUUUAUUUCCUUUAUGAUUGCGAGAUCAUUGUCGCGUGAUAUGUAUACUCGCAAACGAGAAAUUUAUGCGCGACACUUUUAUAAUCUUUAUUAUACAACUUUUUGCACCAAUAUAAUAAAUAUUUCUUAGUUGCACCUUUUUGCAUUGGUAUUUAAAUAAAAUUUUAUUUCCGAAUGUGUUGUACUAUUAUUACGAUUUAGUGAUCGUUCAUAUCGUUUUCGCGUGCAUAAUACAUGUUCAUUUAAUUGAAUCUCAUAUACUUACGCGCAAAGAGUUUGUCGUAAAGUUCUUGCAAUUUUUCUCAUAUUCGCAUAAUUCAUUUUUAAAUACUUGAAACAAUAAUAAGAGUCAUAUUUCACAAUGUAGAACGUUUAUAACAAAGAAAAUAUAUUCAGAAGUAGUUAUUUCAUCAAUUAUAGUGUUUUCAAGUACGUUUUGUAGCAUACUUCAUUUCUUCAUAUUCUACUAAUUCUUCAUAUUCUACUAAAGUAAUUUCACUUCACAUGCGAUUAAAACUUUCUAUAAGGCGUUGAAGUAUCUCGCAGUUUAUUGCGAUUCCAGGUAGAAUACAAAAUCAUUUUGAUGUCAAGAUGAUAUCAUUUUGACAUCAUUGUUAUGAAAUUGUCACGAAAAUGGUAUCGUUUGACGUCAAAAUGACAACAUAUCAUUUGACGUCAUUUUGACUUUUAUAUGACUGUGUUCUACCUGGGGAUUGCGCGCGUCCCCUGCAAAUGACAGUUCUAAGUAAAUUAUCGUUACAAAAAUAAAAAUUAUUCGUGUAAAUUGAUAUAGAGAUAUGCAGAUCUUAUUGUAAAAGAGAAGUUAUGAUAAAAAUAAAGAGAAAGAUGCCUUUUAUAUUAGAAACUAAAAUUACUUGGUCAUUCGAUUGGAUGAUUGUACGAAUCCUUUUUCUCUUUUUUUUUCUCUCGAUUUUUCUUACAUCUUGAUAUUAUUAUUAUUAUUAUUAUACGGUCAUUCUCUUAAACGAGAUGCAUUUAUUAAAUGAAUAUUUACGAAACUUGGAAGAGCUUAGACAUUUUUUAAUUUUGUGUAAAAGUUGUAAUCGCGUAACGAUUAAAAAAAUUAUCUGGUUA